AUGGGACUCAAACCCACAACACCACCAUGCUCUACCAACUGUGUGUGUGUGAGAGAGUUUGUAAUGUAGUAAGUACUAAGUAGUGUGUAACUGUCUUCAUGCAGGGCUCUCUCAGUUGGUGAGAACACAGCAGGUUGUCACAGCAACCCUUGGAGAAGAUGCAGUCUUAACCUGUGAGCUCAUGACACCCAAAGACGUGUGGGCAGUCACCUGGCAAAAAGUGACAACAGAGACGAAUGAAAAUGUGGCCACUUACAGCAAACGAGGUUCCAAUGUCAACCCACCUUUUCAAGGGAAAGUGGAGUUUGAAGACGAGGGACUGCAGAACUGCUCUAUUGUCAUCAGAGGAGUGUCAAGAGGAGAUGAGUCCUGCUACAAGUGUCUGUUUAACACCUUUCCAGAAGGACCUAUCAGUGGAAGGACCUGCCUCCAUGUAAAUGAGCUGUAUGGACCCUCACUCCUCAUCACACAAACCAACAACAGUCACACCACUCUGUCCUGUUCUGCUACUGGACGACCUGUUCCUAUAGUAACCUGGGAUGACAUGAUGAUAGAACAUUCCACAAUGGUCAAUGUCACCCAUCUCAAUGGUACUGUCACUGUCACCAUAACUUUCACACUGGCAGCAUUCAGUCUACCUGACAAAGACACCAGGGUUGGCUGUGUGGUGUCACUGUUCUCUGGAGGUGUCACCAAGAACGUUUCCAUGGUUAUUCCAGCUAGAACUCAAGCUUCAUUUCCUGUUAAUUCAACAGUAAUUGUUGCAGUGAUGGGUUCACUGUGUUUCAUUGCUGUGUGCUGUGGAGCUGCUGUGGCACUGUGGUUUAAACUGAGAAAUACAAUGAGAAGCCCAAAUCCCACAGCCAAUGACAGGAAGUCAGGAGAACAGGAAGAACUAUCAACAGUCAACACUCAACCCUCAACAUGAUGGCUGAAAUCCAGAGGACUAAUCUAACAGUAAGACACAUUCUAAUUAACAGUAGGGUUUAUGGUUUCUAGUAAACAGUGUUUGUACUUACUGUAAGUAAGAAAUAGAUUAGAAAACACUUAAUUGUUUUUCAGCAUCACCCUGGAGAAUAUGUAACUGUAAAUACCCACAAAGCAGUUAUAUCAGUACACUACUACAACAGAUGAUUUGACUCAUCAGUAUCAUUGAUGUUAAUGUCUUUCAGGACCACAACAAUCUCCAGUCCAUUCUAAAUGUAUUAGUACAACCUUAUUUGAACAUCCUGGUAGAGUGCUGGUCAUGGUGACUGAAAACAUGCAAAUGAGUUGCCUUUGUUGCAUUGCUCCAUUGUUGUUCCAGUAUGUUAUUUGUAUUUUUUAGGGAUCCCCAUUAGCUGCUACUCUUCCUGGGGUCCAAACAUAUUAAAGUACUUACAUUACAUAUAAAACAAAAUAUAAAACAGUACAUCAAAUAACAUUAUUACACUACUACAUCUCUACAAUACAACAUGUUUAAUACCACCAUACAGCAAUAUCACAAUGUAUGCGUAUGCAUGUGUCUGUACCUUUGUGUGUCUCUUCACAGUCCCCGUUGUUCCAUAAGGUGUAAUUCUCCGUCCAGAUUGUCAGACCCUGGUGGCUUGUCACUGUUGAUAGACAACAAUAUUUUUUUUUACCUCUUCCAAACUGACUUUACAGAAUGCAAAAGCACUAUUCUUGUCUUUCAUAAUUUGGUCAGAUAUACUUGGAUGUGUAGUGUCAGCGUUUCCUGCUGGCAUGUCACACCUAAGUUUUCUUAUCUUGCCAAUGAAAAAGUCAUUCAAGUAGUUGGCAAUAUCAGCUGGUUUUGGGAUGAAUGAGCCAUCUGAUUCAAUGAAUGAUGGAGCUGAGUUUGCCUUUUUUCCCAAUAUUUUAUUUAAGAUGCUCCAAAGCUUUUUACUGUGAUUCUUUAUAUCAUUUAUUUUUGUUUCAUAGUGUAGUUUUAUUUUGUUUAGUCGUGAUUUCUUCAUUUGCAAAACGUUUGCCAAUCAGUUGGGCUGCCAGACCUUUUGCCUCAUCCCUCUCACCCAUACCAUUUUUAAAUUCCUCAGCAAUCCACAGGGAUUUAACAGUUUUUACAGUCAUUUUCUUAAUGGGUACGUGCUUAUUAGUAACUGGAAUAAGCAAUUUCAUAAAUGUGUCAAGUGCAGUGUCUGGUUGCUCCUCAUUACACAUCAAAGACCAGCAAAUAUUAUUUACCUCAUCAACAUAUGACUCACAACAAAACUUCUUGUAUGACGUCUUAUACACUAUUUUAGGCUCAUCCUUUGGAACUAUUCUAAAAUGGAUUAAAUAAAAGUGUAAUGAUCACUUUAAUUGUACUGUAUUUUAAACUCUCUGGUCAGUUCUGUUUGUUUUAGACCAUAGCUGUCAACACUUGACAGUUUUAACUUUCCUAUCUUAUAAAACUGUUAGAGGGUUAUGAGAACUGAGUGACUACCAUACUGUCUCACACACAUCUGUGUGGUUUAAAGACUGUUUCUAUCCAUAGGCAUUGUGGGUACUGAAUAGUGGACUGAAUGGCUGACACACAUCGGCCUGCUGUUUAUUUUAUACUUAAAUACCGUUUGUAAAUAUAUUUUGUAGUUGGUUAAUGAUGAAACAUGAUAAAUCCACACUAGACUUUUGUGUGGUUUUCAUAAUUCUUCACUUUUUUUUAUAAAUCAAAUGUUAGGUACUUUCUUGGUGUGUGUGGGUGGUUUUCUUAAUUCUUCACUUUUUCUUAAUCAAAUGCUGUAAGAUACACAAUGUUGUAAUGUACUUUGUUGUGUGUGUGUUUCUACUUUUAUAAAUAAAAUGUUUAAACAA